AUGUUCGCUCUCUCCGGCAGCCUGCUCUCUCUGAGCGCGAUCUUUUUUCAAUUAUCAUCUGCAUCCCGCUGCUCACCAUCCGUGAUUCAAAAGCCUGAAUUAGUCGGGGCUUCUAUCCUUGGAAUUCAAGCUCAGGAAAUUCACAACUAUUCUACCGUGAGUCUUGGACCAGGAACAAACGACGGCGGCCGAUACACCAUCAGCUUCUGCAAUGUCACAGUGACACACACUCAUCCUGGCUGGAAUGAUGAGAUCCACACUCAAAUCUGGCUGCCGCUUAAGGAAUGGAAUGGCAGGUUUCAAGGCCUGGGUGGUGGAGGAUACAGCACAGGCAUGGGCUCUAUCUACUUGACAUACGCAGUUGCCCAGGGAUUUGCAUCUGCCUCCACAGAUGGAGGACUGGGUACAAAUUCUGGCGCGUCCACCAUUCCGACGGAUCUUUCAUGGGCCCUUAGCAGCGAGGGCAAUGUCAACUGGGAACUUCUGGAUAAUUACGCGACAAAGGCAACAAACGAUAUGGCUAUUAUUGGGCAACAGAUCACAAAGUCCUACUACAGACAGCCUCCGAAGUAUUCUUACUUUUCGGGAUGUUCUGGUGGUGGACGACAGGCCCUCAUGAUGGCGCAAAAGUAUCCAGAUGUAUUCGAUGGAAUUCUCGCUGUUGCCCCCGCUAUCAAUGCACAGAAGUUCAUUCCCGCGGGUUAUUGGGCUUCUCUGGUCAUGCAAGAAACCGACGCUUAUCCGGCACCGUGUGAGGUCAGUGCUUUCACUGAAGCGGCAACAAAGGCUUGCGACAAGCUGGAUGGCGUGGAAGAUGGCAUCAUAAGUUCCCCUGGGCUCUGUGACAUCAAGGCUUCUGAUUUCGUUGGGAAGAAUUAUUCCUGCGAUGGGGUUCAAAAGACCUUUACUGCUUCCAACGCAAAGGUAAUCCAAGCUGCAUGGUCUGGCUCACUGUCAGUCUCUAAGCGAUACGGCUGGCACGGACUCAACAAAGACGCGGCGCUCGGUGGUUACUAUGUUUCCACUUCAUGUUCUGGGAAUGGUACAUGCCACGCGACAGAAAGUGACCUCCUUAGCAGCUGGUUCAAAUAUCUUGUUGCCAAGAAUCUCACAUUCGAUGCCAGCAGUAUGACCAAAAACCAGUUUUUCGACGCCUUGCACUCUUCGAUCAGCGACUAUACCUCUAUGCUUGGGAAUAAUGACCCAGAUCUCUCCAAUUUCAAGAGGGCUGGCGGAAAAAUGAUCGCUUGGCAUGGACUAGCAGACGAAGUUAUCCCUCCAAACGGAACCACCGAGUACUAUGAGAAUGUGCUGAAGGGUGACCCCAAUGCCCACAGAUUUUAUCGUUCCUUUGAAGCACCUGGCGUUGGCCACUGCUAUGGUGGACUCGGGCCAAUCCCAAAUGGAGCAAUGUCUCAGCUUAUUGAAUGGGUAGAGGACGGACAUGCCCCUGCUGUUUUGCACGCCACGAAAGGGAGCAACGAUACAGCAAGAGACCUUUGCCCGUAUCCCCUUCGUCAGAAGUAUAUUGGGGGAGACUCCAGAAACUCCACAUCUUUUACUUGUAUUUAA